ACGUCUGCUGCUUUCCAUCUGAGAGAGAACCAGACUGCCUGCCACUGGUUCCCACGAGUACCCAGCCUCCAGCAAUGUCCCAGGAAGCCCCCGUCAAAAAGAAGCGACCUCCCGUAAAGGAAGAGGACCUGAAGGGAGCCCGAGAUACUCUCUCCAAGAACCAAGCGAUCAAAUCCAAGACCUACCAGGUCAUGAGAGAAUGUGAGGAAGCUGGCUCCACUGCCCCGUCUGUGUUCAGCCGAAGUCGGACAGGAGGAGAGACUGUUUUCGAAAAGCCCAAGGCUGGGCCCCCCAAGAGUGUCUUUGGCUAAGGACUUCCAUGCUGUUUCCUGUCCCUGUUCAUCUCCCCCCCACCUCACAUAUGAACUCCAGCACCAGCCCUAAUAUGGAUAGCAAAGCAGACACUUUUUUUUUAAGUGCUUUUUUUUAAAUACACAAAAUGUCCACUACUUUUCCCCCUUGAAGUGCAGGGUCCAGGAGCUGGGCUCUGGAUCCAGGAUCUUAGUCACCUUCUGCUUCCCUUGAUUCCCCAGAAUGGACCCCACAGACACAAGGAUGCAUGAAAAUCUUUGAAACAUCAAUAAGUCAAAGUAAUCAGAGCUGUUUGGGGUCGCUGUUCUCUUCUGCCCUUGGUCCAAACCCAGAUUGUAGUCCAAGGAUCAGGACAGGAGGGGAGAAAGCUUCAAAUGUGGACAGACCUCUUUACAGAGAAAUCGUUUGCUGUUAUUUGUCCACAGCCCCAGCCGCUACCCUUCUUCUCCCUCAAAACCAUCAACUUUCUGCUCCAUAAAUUGUUCCUGAGUCUCCUGCCCCCCCCCCAGGGGAAAGCUGCACAGCCUGGAAAGUGUGGGGGAACAAUGAAGACACUGGUGGGGCUGGAGUAAAGGAUUUUGUGUAGGAGAAACAGAAAACUGAGUUGUUCCUCUGAUUAGUAGAAUCAAAUGAGAGAAUAUUUGUAAAGCACUUUGCAAACCUUAAAAUGCUAUAUAAAUGCCAGUUACUACUGUUUUUAUUAGUGAGCUAGUUUCUUCGUCUCUUUCUCUCCCAGCCUCAGUUCUCUUAUCUGUAAAAUGAGGUUUGGACUAGAGCAGAGAUUCUUAACCUUUGUC